GUCCCUAAACCCUCCCAAUACCUCUCAUCUCUGAAAAAUCAAGCAAGGCACAUAGCCACAAUCUCUCUGCAACUUGAAGACAUUUAGAAAAUGGUCAACAAACCAUGGCGGAUUUUUCCGAGGCCGCUUCUGGAAACAGUGUUGAACGAUCACGCUAAGCAUCACCGAGUUCAUCAGCCUCUCAUCUUCCAUGGUCCCAGAGGCGUUGGCAAAACCACUCUCAUUCUCGAACGUCUUCUUGGAGAGUGGAACAAGGGCCCUCACCUCACUGGCUACGUAGACUUCGCGGAGUGCAUCAAAGAUCACCACCCACGACACGGAGAGUCGUUUCCAUGGACUUCUUGGUCUAAUUGCCCGAAACCCAACUUGUCGGAUUGCAGAACCAAGCUCGAAGAGUGCCUUGAAUCAAUGGCCUACCAGGGUGUUAAGCUUGGCACUAUAAGCUCCCAGCAGAUUUUCUCGACCCUUAACAAAUGGCACGGUCUUAAUACGGCCCUUAGACGAAUCAUUGGAAGCAAUAACUCUCCAAAAGCCGCCAUUUCGGAGAAGGUGUCCAAAUCGGUUUUGUGGGAUCGGGCGGUUUUCGCCCAAUCUGCUCGAUAUAAUGCCAAUGAGAUUGAUGGGGUUUUGAGUUUGGGCGAGAAAGUGAAGAGUUUGUCCAUAGAAGAGGCUUCGUAUUACAGGGAGGCAGUUGUGGCUCUGAGAUUGGCGAAGGAGGUUAUUGAGGUCCAACAGGGUUGGAGAGUCAAUGCCAUUGCACAUUUGAAUCAGACAGGUGGGUUUUCGAGGUCUUUAGCUAACUCCUGUACUGACUGGCCUAGCCUCUUGUUGGAAUUGUUGUCAGUAGCUGCUGAAAUUGAUCAUUUUCAGCCAAAGCUGGUUAUAAAUAACAUUGAGGUCUUACGGAAUGCCAUUCUAAAGGAUGGAGAAUCGUCAGUGUCUGGACCUAUGUAUCAUGACAGUCUGAUAUGGAGAAUUAUUGCUUUAGGUGCAAAUGAGAAGACUCUUCCUGUCAUUUUUGUGACAUCCGAUAGUUACUAUUCAUACCGCGCUUUUUUGGAUUUUGGAUUUAUAGACAUAUUCAUCUCCCGUGAGAAUUUUGGAUGGACUACCCAAGAAGCUAAUAUGCAUAUGGUUGAUGAUUACUUCAGUAAUUCAGAGUGGAGAAUAAUUGCGGAGGUGCUCGGUCCAAAUCCACGACAUCUUUUUGAGCUAUAUGCACUGAAACAAAGUAAUUACCAUUCGAAGAUAAUGGAUGACAGAGCUAUGUCAUUUGAAGAUAUUGUAGAUUCAUAUUUAGCCUAUUUGCAACUAAAUGUGGUGAAUCCUGCUAUGGAUAGAGCAUUGGAAUUGCUGCAAAAGUUUGCUGCUGAUGCCCGAAGUGGAAAAAUUUCGGAAGAUAAAUUACGGUUUGGUGCGCCUUGGAGGCAUCCUCCACAAAAGGAUGAUGCCACCAUGCGGUUUAAGUGGGCAAAGAUUCAGCUGAUGGAUUUUUUGCAGUCUCUAGUCAAGGCUGAUUUUGGGCUUAAUUAUAUGGCAGAUUGGAGCCUAGAAAUCUUUGAUGAUCCUUGUGCUGUGGCAUUAAUAGAGGUUGGUUUGCUCUAUGGCCAACGAGAUCCAUCUUUCAUUCGCCCUGUAUCUAGAGGCAUCGAGAGGUGUCUUGUUAGAUGGCUUGUCCUAGAGCGUAUUCAAAUAAGCUAUAUGGACAUGGUUCGGUACCGGUGGCAACGACUUGCACGCGGUCGCAGCUAUCGCCAUUUGUUGCUACAACUGGGCUACAAAUAUUGAAUGAAUUAGAGUAGGUUUCUGUUGACUUCUUCAUUUGCAAAGUGAGGUCUCUCAUUGAGGUUUACAUAGAUAUCAUGCAAAGAGUGGUAACAACCGCACAGACUGAUCCCAAAGAAUAUAGUAAGAAUUCUUUUUUCAGCUUCCAACAGAGUUAUGUUGUCAGUAGCAUUCUGAUUAGUUGCGGUUCAUCAUCUUUUCACAUUUACAACACAAAAAUACACUAUUACUUGUGUCAAAAAUUUGUAUCAAAAUAAAUUUCAUCAGAAAACAAGCGCCCCCCUAGUUGUUGGGAGAGCUUAUAUGCGGAAUUCAAUACAAGGGCUGAUUUUCCCUUGCCUUAGUUGGGGUUGGUUGCUUUUAUUUGUCAGCUUCAACUCCCUGUUAAAAUGGCGUCGAGCAAAGCCCUCACUCGCAUACUUUGAAGAUUGAUAUGAAGACAAUGCUAAUCAAAAUUAGUUUUGGUUUUUAGAGGUUAUUUAAGCAUGUUACGAGGUUAUUUAAGCAUGUUACGAGGUGAGACUCGUUUCAAGCAACACAUUUCUGAUUUUGAGGAAUUCACAUAUUGGGGCUUUGUAAGAAUUUCAUGCUUCAUUUCGAAAGAUGUAUAGUUGAAGCACGCUACCCUCGAAACUUAUUCUUUAAUUGGUUACUCAUGAUGCAAUAAAAGUAAUGAUUUUUGGAGUUUUUA